UCUCACACUCUACUGGGUUUCUUUUUUAAAAGAUUUAUUUAUUUAUUAAAGGUUUGCCCGACCCCCUUGAAGGAAUGCGAGCAGUUUGCCUCUGUCUUCCGCAAAGCCUCAUGACCAGCUGCCCUGAAAACUGUCCCCCGGUCCCAUCUCGGGGUUGACGCUGUCCCUGUCCAUGGUGCUGAACAGCUUUUUCCCGAAGACGCCGUUGAGCUGCGGCUGCUGCUCCACAAAUCCUCCGUAUUUCUGGGUAUUUUCGGGUACUGCAGGUGAGAUGUCAGCAAUGAUCGCUUCAUCUACCCGGAGAGGCUUCUGAACUCAAAACAGAAGGAGUUGAUCCCGAAGGAAGCCAAACGAAUCGAUUGUGACUCCUACGGUUGAUUUCAGAGAGAUUCCUUCGACUCUCACGCGCUCUCUUUCUCUUUUAUUUUUUUAGACUUUUCCGAAAGACGAACAUUGGAAUCAUGGACCAUUCGUGUAACUCAUCUUAGCGUGGAAAUAUCUGGCCUAAAAAUAACGACAAGCCGGCUGGGGGCGGGGGGACUGGAAGUAGCGGGUGAAUUAUCUUCAUUUGUAGCAUAUCCAAAAAUAUUUGUGUUGAUGCCGGAAAGGGGUCACUUCUAUUCUGGAUCAGCUGAGACUAAAACAACCCCUUCUGCCCUAAAAUAAAAACUUGUCCUGAAUACCAAAUGUCAGUUUGAGGAGGUCUCAUCAAGACAAUGGAGGCGUCCGCCAAUGGGUCCAGUUUUGGCAUCGACUCUCUGCUGUCCCACAGGCCUGGGAGUCCGGUGUCCAAAGGGGACAGUCUGGUGGGAGAGUGCCGCUCCCCUCUGGAGUUCAGCCCCAGAUCAGACGUGGAGAGCGGCUGUUCGUCGCCUCCGUCGCCGAGGAGGGAGUGCGUGGAUGAGGUAGCCCAGAGGCAAGGUCACGGCGUCGGCCUACCACCGCACCUGCAACACGCGCAGAUAUCUGCUGGGUCGCAGCAGAGGACCGUGACCUCGUCGUUUCUCAUCAGAGAUAUUCUCGCGGACUGUAAGCCUCUGGCUGCCUGCGCUCCUUACUCCAGCAAUGGACAGCCGACUCAGGAGGCGGGGAGGCUGGCCUCGAAGAUCGCGGACGACUUUAUGGAGAAAAUCCACAGCAACUCAUCGUCAGACAGUGAAUAUAAAGGUAAGGGUGCCACACUGACUGCCUACUCUACAGAGGAGAAUGGAGGCAAGCCUGCUAUUAAACGGACAAAGUGGAAGAGGCAGACGGCGGUAGGACUCGAGCUUCUGGCCGAAGCUGGAAACUACUCCGCCCUGCAGAGGAUGUUCCCGUCCCCGUACUUCUACCCGCAGAGCCUGGUGUCCAACCUGGACCCCGGAGCUGCCCUCUAUCUGUACAGAGGCCCAUCGGCGCCCCCGCCGGCCCUGCAGAGACCCCUGGUUCCUCGGAUCCUGCUCCACGGCCUGCAGGGGGCCAGCGAGCCGCCACCUCCUCCGCCUCCCCUGCCUCCUAUGAGCGGCGUGCUUCCCCGGCCAGCUCAGCAGCGGGUGCUGGAUGCGCGCUCCUCUGCCAAACGGCUCCAACAGCUGGUGACCGGGCUGGAGCUGACUGCAGACCGGGGAUCAGCGUGGGGACAGCUGGUCAGCGGCUCCACCACAACUACCACCACAACCCCUCCCUUCAUCCUUACAAAUUUCAAUCAGCCACCCAUGCACCAACCCCACUCUCAUCCUCCAAGUCUGUGUGGACCCAAGUUAUUCGGCCAUGGCGCUUUGGGGGUUAAAGGAGUUCAGGCUGACGGACACGACUUGGCAUGUAGGAUGUUAACGAUUAGACAAAAGACUUUAAUAGGUUUUAAUUGAAAGUCGAUAAUGGGUUUGAUAGCCAGCUCCCCCUGCUGUCCUCCACGCAAGGCACCUGUUAUCUGGGGGCUCCACUUAGUGGCUGACCAUGCCGUGAAAUAUCAGACUGACGGCCCGAUAACGUGCGCUUUCAUGAUGCGUAAAAUUGCAUUAAAAAUACAGUUAGCCGGCCCGGCGGGUUUUGACGACUGGGAAAGUGAAGAGAAGGAGAAAAAAAUCACCUCCCAACUUGCCAAAAGAUCAUUAUAGUCCCAUCACAAGGAUCCGUGACCGAUUCAGUUAAC